UCACGCACCCUCCCAUACCUUUCCUCUUUGGUUUGGCCCUUUAAAAGCUGCUGCCAGUGCUAUCUGUCAGCCUCAUUAUCACCAUUUCUUGGCUUGAGCAAAUUGCUAUCCACCUUUCGAAGCUCAGUGGAAAUAAACAGAGGCUUCCGAGGUCCUCGGAGAAAACAAGCGUCAACAAAUCAAGGCCCUGGACAACUUUCAAGUGUGAGAUGCUUCUGUGCGUGAAUGUGCUGGGGCUGCUUUUCCUGCAGCCACUUCUUUCGAGCCAAAGGCCACUAACUACACCGUCCAGAGGAUGUCCCGGCUGCAAAGGAAAGCCUUCCCAAAUGCACACGCCGGGAGAUUUAAAUAUCACCGCUCUUACCAUUGGAGAACCAUGUGGGGUCUACACACUGAGCUGUGCCAGCGGUCUGCGUUGUGCACCCGUGCCAAAUGACCCGCGGCCCCUCCACACCCUGCUGGAGGGCAGGGGCGUCUGCAGCAACGUUAGCGUCAUCAGUUGGACGGAAAAGAGCCAGACAGCAGAUCCCGCACCUACCGAGAAUCCGGAGGAGGCCCCAUGUCGAAAGCUGCUAACCACACUAAUCAGAGGCCUUGAUAGCCAUUUAUUCAAGUCCCAUCAUGAUAUCUACAUGCCCAACUGUGAUAAACGUGGCUUCUUUAGAAAGAAGCAGUGUUGGUCCUCUCGAGGUAAACAACGCGGUCGGUGCUGGUGUGUGGAUGUGAGCGGCAUGCCAGUGACGUCACAUAAACACAAAGGCUUGACUUGUUGAAAAAGAGUGUCAAAUGUCGGAUUAAAGAAAGGAGAAAAACGCUUGGCGGCCAACAUAGGACGAAGAUAAAGGAUUUCCUCACAGACAUUUUAGGAAUUCCAACCCUGUGCCUCUCUUCUCAUUCCAUGAGCCGCAAGCUGUUUAAGGUGUAACUUUGACCAUUGGUGCCCUCUAGCGAACACCUAGUGAACUGUUCUAAUCAGACGCCAUAAUGUCUGCACUGGCUAACACCUGACACAUUAGUUACGCCUGCAUAAACUAAUAAGAUCCAAUACAAGAGUUGUAUCAAAAGUUAACUUUUUUUUUUUUUUUUACUUUUAUGUUGCAACUGGUCAAAAUGACACCAAUAUCUCCAGUUCAGUGCCAUAACUCCCUAUUAAUUCCCAUAAAACGUUUCCAUCUAAAUAUUUCCCAAAUUCCUUCAUUCGAAAACCAACAACCUGACUUUACUUCAUAUUUUUAUGUCACGCAGUUCUGCACAAUUGUAUUUUGUUUGUCCAACACAACAACAUAUUAAAUUACUAGUGGAUCAAUGCAAUAUUGUUGUUUUAAACUUAAAAAUGCAAUUGUGUGGAACAGUUUGACUUAAAAUGUAGAGUUUUGUGUGUGUGUGUGUGUUUACUAAAAUUCCUCUGGAAAGUUUCUAGUAAAUUUUGAGGAGUUCACCCAAAAUUACCCUAAAUAGUUUCAACACGACCACAGAAGUAAUCACUUGGGAGAUAUAUUACUCUUACUGAAACUGCGCAUUAUUUGCAAAGACGCAUUUUUUGGGAUACAGCUCUUGUAUUAGAUGGUGUAGGUGUACCUAAUAAAGUUUGUGGUGUGUGUUUGCAUAUUCUGCCAAUUGUUCCAUGUUAAACAGUCUGUUUGUCAUUUAACAAUUAUUAUUGUAUUAUUAUUAUUAUUAUUAUUAUUAUUUUUGUCAGUACAUAUCAUUUUCCAAAACAUUUUUUAUACAAGAUCAGUAUUUUUUACACCAUUGCUAUUGUAACAAUGUACCUAUUGUAUAUAGUAUCUACUUGUCAUCUUAUUUAUGUUUUUAACACCAAUAUUUAUGGCCAUAGAAUAAUUAAUAAUAAUUUAAGUAUUACCCAAUGCUAAUUAGUAGUCACAAUAAAAAUAACAACAUAUAGUGUGGAAGCUGAAUUAAAUGGGGAUAUUUUACUUUUAUUUUUACCUUAUUAAAUAACAACAAGCAAAAAAAGUUUGAUUGUAUCAUUAGGAAUAUACCUGUAUAGCUUGACAAUGGGUUGGUACCCUCAAAGUUAAAAAUCUUUUGUACUCUUGUAACAUGACCUUAUACAUUAGUACAAUAAUGUUGAUAUAAUACUAUACUAAACAUUUGGGGAACAUAACCUAGCCAUUAGUUAAGCUUGUACUUUGAGGUAUAACAAUACAAUCUGAAUGCAUCCCUAUUUGAGAAGAGACAUUGGUAAGACACUAUACAUCCUUGUGCAAAAUAUUACUCUAUUAUUGUUAAGUGUUUUUUUGACAUUCCAUAUUUUUACAACAUUUCAUUGUAAAAUGUUAUGCAAGUCUUAUUUAGAGACUUUAUUUCCCUAAUUGAACGUCAUGGGUCUAUUAAAGUUAUGGAAAAAAAAAUGUAGUGAUGGCACUUUGAACAUGCAUGUUGUGUUAGGUAUUGUGUGACAUAAUCAAUGUACAUGUAUAUGGAUCAUUUUUUUGUAUGAUUUAUCACAUAAAAAUGACACAAGAAAGCUUUAAUCUUGUUUUCAGCGAACAAUAGUUUCUUCAAUAAAGAUUUGGAUUAGUACAAUGCAACCAAAUCUCCGGCACUGUUUCCGAAUGGUUAGCACAACUGCCUCACAGUACUCAGGUUGGGGGUUUCAAUCUGGCCUCCCUGCGUGCAGUUUGGAUGUGGGUUUUCAGAGCAUUCAGCGGCAUGCCCACAGCGUCUGGAAGCUGAAAAAAAUGACCAUUUUGAACCCUGAUUUCACACUAAAAUUCCAAUUUGUUUGGCUUGUUAGCAAUACUCUUCUCUGUGGUGAGUCAAAUUUACAGGACGAAUUUACCUGGGCCUUUAAUUUCAUCAUGUGCAUCGGUUCAUGUGAUGAUGUCAUUUUUCUCUCUUCUCCUUGCAAAUAAUAAAUAAUAUAGGCCAGUUUACCACAUUUGAAUCGUGUGCAACCAAUGUAUAUGUCUGAAUUAAAUCAAAUCUGUCACA